AUGAGUCCCUCAAGAAACAAAUUGCAGGCCAUCACCUUUUCCUUCUUCUUCCUCAUUCUUUCAACCACAAAAGCACAGCCAAACAACCAGACCACAACUAGCCCCAAACCCCCCGGUCCGUACGAAACCGUGAACAACUUCUGCCUCCACAAACGGCUCAACGUGGCUAAACCCUUUUGCCUCAGAGUCUUGAAGAAACCUAAAGCCGCUAACACGACACUAAACGAUCUCAAUCCCCUCCUCCAAGUCGCCAUAAAUUCAACCUCCUCCUUCGUAUGCCGAACCCUCAACAAACUUCUCGACCUGUCGGAGGACCUAACCACAAAACCUCCUCUCAUCCCAGCAAUCGACAGUUGUUUGACGUCUUACGAGAAUGUGGCCGAGUACAUCACAAACGUGUUGUCUGAUGCUUCUCAAGAGUCAUCCAUUGCAGGUUUAGAUGGCCAGGUAAUCGAGGAAUAUAUAAAUGGAUGCAUGAAGGCCACGUCUAGGAUAAGGGAACCCGAUAUUGAGGACUGGAAUAACGAGGCCAAGAGUUUUGCCAAGCUCUUGAUUGACAUUGCUGAUAGCCUCACCAGUAAUGAAUCUAAACAAGAUUAA